UAUCUGUAUACACGCUUAAAACCCACGUCUCUUCCACUUGCCGGCUCCACCCAUCUAACAAAAAUCCUGUUAAAAGCAUCCCGGAUUCCAUUGCACCCGAAUUCAGAGCUCUGAAAUCGAGUAGUUAUGGCUUACGAGGAGGACCAGGAGACCUUCGAGCACACCCUCCUAGUAGUCCGUGAAGUCUCCGUAUACAAGAUCCCUCCCCGCCCCACCAGCGGCGGCUACAAGUGCGGCGAGUGGCUUCAGUCCGACAAGAUCUGGUCGGGUCGACUCCGGGUAGUCUCAUGCGAUACCCGAUGCGAGAUCCGACUUGAGGACCCGAACUCGGGUGAGCUCUUUGCCGCUUGCUUUGUGAACCCGGGCCAGAGGGAGGCUGCUGUGGAGUCGGUAUUGGAUUCGUCGAGGUACUUCGUGUUGAGGAUCGAGGACGGGCGUGGGAAACACGCGUUUAUAGGGUUGGGGUUUAAUGAGAGGAACGAGGCGUUUGAUUUCAAUGUUGCGUUGUCGGAUCACGAGAAGUAUGUAAAGAGGGAGGUGGAGAAGGAGAUGGGAAAUGGUGGCGAGGGGCAUAUUGAUUUACAUCCUGCGGUUAAUCACAGAUUGAAGGAAGGGGAAACGAUUCGAAUAAAUGUAAAAAAUAAACCAUCAAGUAAAACAGGCAUGCUUUCCGCUGCGGGAUUGUCUGGAACAGGAAAACCUAAAUCUCUAAGCCUUGCUCCCCCACCUGGUGGAGCAAUCAAAAUUAGGUCUCCUCUUCCUCCGCCGCCCAAUGAUGCUGCUGCCGCAAGGAUGAGUUCUGGCAGUCAUGGCAUUGCUCUUAAAGGAGCCAAGGAGAAUUCAAGGCACUCAACUGAUGCUCUUUCAGAUCUCUCUCAACUUGAGAAGAACCUUCCAUCCAGUGCUGGAUCAGAGUCUGCGAAAACCUCUGCAGCUGGCUGGGCGGCAUUCUGAAGACUUGAGAUUACAACUUUUGGUGUCUUUGAUGCUGUUGUAUUAAGAAAGAGGAAAAAUGUCGAAAGGGAAAUGUGAAGAGGUUGGGGAGAAAGAAAAUCUAUUAUUUGCUCGUUGUCCGGGACCAAGAUCUUCCAAAGAAAAAAAGAAAAACUCUCUAUCUAUAUAUAAUAUCAUUCAUUCUUGUUUUAUCUAUGUAAAAAAGAUAAGAGUGUGGCUUUUUCUUUAA